UUUGCAGCGAGUCCAAGUAGGUAAAAGUGUUUAGAAAAAUAAUAAAAUUCCAAAAUUAAGCAAAACCUGCAAGCAACGAUUGCUUUUGUUAAAAAAAGUGGGUGUAAGAUGGACCCAAGAAUGGAGAAAAUCCGGUGACACUGCUACUGCUACGUAGUAUCUUGGGUUUCAAGACGCCCCAUCGAUUACACAACAGCUGUAGAAGCGGUGAAAAAUGGGAAAAUUAUACGAAUGAAGGGCACGAAUUCAGGAAAAUAUACAAGAUAAAUUCAUACAGAUGGGGAUGUUGCGCUAGCGGCUAUGCAAAUGGGAUAUACCGAUUAUCACAACCUAGAAACAUGGCUCUCAGAUUAAUCAACAACGCUGUGCUCCGCCAGCUGGUCGCCCAGCUGCCCAAGAACGCCCAGGUGGGCAGUGUUGCUGGUGUCCACACUCUGGACAAGAUCGGCAAGCGAGAAAUCGUGGGCUUUGGCUGGAACGGCACCGCCUGCUACGCCGACCGCGUGGACUACCCUCUGCCCGCUGUCCGCUUCAGGGAGGCCAACAAUGAGAUCAACGCUCUGCGCACCAAGGAGCAGGGAGACUGGAAGAAACUCAGCCCCCAGGAGAUCAAGGCCCUGUACCGCGCCAGCUUCUGCCAGACCAUCGCCGAGGUCCAGGCUGGAACCGGAGAGUGGAAGAUGCACUUGGGCGUCGGUCUGCUGUUCACCGCCGCCGCUAUCUGGGUGGCCGUUCUGAUGAACCUGUUCGUGUACGACGAGCUGCCAGUGACCUUCGAUGAGGAGCACCAGAAGGCCCAGUUGAAGCGUAUCAUUGAUCUUGAAAUCAACCCCGUUACUGGAUUGACUUCCAAGUGGGAUUACGAGAACAACAAGUGGAAGAACUAAGUCCGCUAUUCCAUCAAGUCCGUUGUGUGUGAGCGAGCGUAUUUAAGCAAACAGUUAGCCGACGUCUUAUUUGUAUUAAGUGGAAACAAGAUAGUCGAAAUUAAAGUUAUGGCUUCUGCCGCCUAAACCAAAA